AUGACUCCGCCGCCACCCCAGCCGCCGCCCCCAGGCCCGAACCCCACUGCAGACUCCGCUGCCGACCCCCGUCCCGGGCCUGGACCCCUGGUCGUACUGUUCGGGGCCACGGCCGGUGCGCUGGGGCCGGACCUGGGUUCCGACGAGACCGACUUAAUCCUCCUAGUCUGGCAAGUGGUGGAGCCGCGGAGCCGCCAGGUGGGGACAUUGCAUAAGUCACUGGUUCGCGCCGAGGCGGCCGCGCUGAGCCCGCAGUGCCGCGAGGCGAGCGGCCUGAGCUCCGACAGCCUGGCGCGGGCCGAGCCGCUGGACAAAGUGCUGCAGCAGUUCUCACAGCUGGUGAGCGGGGAUGUGGCUCUGCUGGGCGGGGGCCCCUACAUGCUCUGCACUGAUGGGCAGCAACUGCUGCGACAGGUCCUGCACCCUGAGGCCUCCAGGAAGAACCUGGUGCUCCCCGACACCUUCUUCUCCUUCUACGACCUCCGCAGAGAGUUCCACGUGCAGCACCCGAGUGCCCGCUCUGCCAGGGACCUCACCGUGGCCACCAUGGCACAGGACUUGGGGCUCGAGACAGAUGCCACAGAGGAUGAUUUUGGGGUGUGGGAAGUGAAGACAAUGGUAGCCAUCAUCCUCCACCUGCUUGAAAGUCCCAGUGGUCAACUGUUUUUGAAGCCUGAAGUGGUGAAGCAGAAAUAUGAGACAGGGCCUUGCAGCAAGGCUGACGUGGUGGAUAGCGAGACUGUGGUUCGGGCUCGUGGGCUGCCCUGGCAGUCAUCAGACCAGGACGUGGCUCGAUUCUUCAAAGGGCUCAACAUUGCCAGGGGUGGUGUAGCACUGUGCCUCAACGCCCAGGGCCGCAGAAACGGUGAGGCUCUCAUCCAUUUUGUGGACAGCGAACAGCGGGACCUAGCGCUGCAGAGACACAAGCACCACAUGGGCAUCCGCUAUAUCGAGGUGUAUAAGGCAACAGGAGAGGAGUUUGUGAAGAUCGCAGGGGGCACAUCGCUAGAGGUGGCGCGUUUCCUGUCACAGGAAGACCAAGUGAUCCUGCGUCUGCGGGGACUGCCCUUCUCGGCUGGGCCAGCAGACGUGCUAGGCUUUCUGGGGCCAGAGUGCCCCGUGACGGGGGGCGCUGAUGGGCUGCUCUUUGUGCGCCACCCUGAUGGCCGGCCCACGGGUGAUGCCUUUGCCCUCUUUGCCUGUGAGGAGCUGGCACAGGCUGCGUUACGCAGGCAUAAGGGCAUGCUGGGUAAGCGAUACAUUGAACUCUUCCGGAGCACUGCAGCUGAGGUGCAGCAGGUCCUGAACCGCUAUGCCUCCAGCCCACUCCUUCCCACCCUGACUGCUCCACUGCUGCCCAUCCCCUUCCCACUGGCAGCUGGGACCGGGAGAGACUGUGUCCGCCUGCGAGGCCUGCCCUACACAGCCUCCAUCGAAGACAUCCUCAGCUUUCUGGGCGAGGCGGCAGCUGACAUUCGGCCUCACGGUGUGCAUAUGGUGCUCAACCAGCAGGGCCGGCCAUCCGGGGAUGCCUUCAUCCAGAUGACAUCACCAGAGCGGGCCCUAGCUGCUGCUCAGCGCUGCCAUAAGAAAGCAAUGAAGGAACGCUAUGUGGAGGUGGUCCCCUGCUCCACAGAGGAGAUGAGCCGUGUCCUGAUGGGGGGCACCUUGGGCCGCAGUGGCAUGUCUCCUCCACCCUGCAAGCUGCCCUGCCUCUCACCACCCGCCUACGCCACCUUCCAGGCCACCCCGACCCUCAUUCCCACUGAGACAGCAGCUCUGUAUCCCUCUUCAGCACUACUCCCAGCUGCCAGGGUGCCUGCUGCUCCCACCCCGGUUGCCUACUACCCAGGGCCAGCCACUCAACUCUACAUGAACUACACAGCAUACUACCCCAGCCCUCCAGUUUCCCCCACCACUAUGGGCUACCUCACCACACCCACUGCAGCCCUGGCCUCUGCUCCCACCUCCGUGUUGUCCCAGCCAGGAGCCCUGGUCCGUAUGCAGGGUGUCCCAUACACAGCUGGUAUGAAGGAUCUGCUCAGCGUCUUCCAGGCCUACCAGCUAGCCCCUGAUGACUACACCAGCCUGAUGCCUGUUGGUGACCCAGCUCGCACUGUGCUACAGGCCCCCAAAGAAUGGGUGUGUUUGUAG